AUGAAAAAUAAUGUUUUUUUUUCAAUUUUAUUUUUAACCAUCAGUUUUUUGAUUUGUGUUCCAAAUGCAACAUCUCAAACACUUUCAACAGCCAUCACAUUGAAAGUUGAUUUCGGUUCUAUAACACCAUAUGUCAAUAGUGAGUGUGGUGGCAUUUUGGAUAGUAGCGAUACCACAAUCUAUCCACCAUGUAAAAGUUUUAAAGACGCAGGCAAUAGAGCCAGACAAUAUCUCAACAGUGGACUUGCAAUUCCAAAUAGUAACUACCUCACCAUCAGUGUUAUUAAUACUGCAAUUACACCAAACAUUGACGGUGAAUCAGCUCAACUUGGAAACCUUUUUGGAUUUUGUACUGUCGAUAUUUUAAUUGCCACCACCACAUCACGUGCAAUUGUAGAUGGAACUUUAUCAACAUCUCACUUUGUCAGUCUCCAAGAACCAAAUGUUCCAAACACAUCAUACCAAUGUAGUUCUGGAAAAACAUUAAGAAUUAGAAAUAUUGAAUUUAAAAAUUGGGGUAACCAAACAAUCGUAUACACCAAUUUAAAUCAAGUUUUCAAUAGCCUCACCAAGCAAUCCAUUUUCUUCGCAACAGUAUACACAUGGUUUUCCAACAGUAUUAUCAACGUUCAACCAAAAGGCACAAACUUUGAAUAUGGAUCUGUAGCUUUUCAAUGCAGUAUUUGCUAUUUUAAUAACAUCAAUUCAUCAUUAACUUUACCACCAUUCAACUUUAAUGGUGCCAAUGUAGUUAUUAUAGGCUCUCGUUUCCUUAAUUCCAUAUUAAACUCAUCACCAUUUAUUUACUCAAAUAUCGGUCUCUUCAAUUUAAAGGCAACAAGUUUAAUUGAUAAUGUCGUUAUCAAUAAUGGUCAUCCAUUUGUAAAAACUUUGAAUGUUGGCGAUAAUUUUUACUACACUGGCGUUACAGUCUCCAAUUGCCAAUUCUCAAAAUUUAUACAACACGAAAAUAACAAAAUCAAUGCUCCAAGAGAAUCUGCAAUUCUACAUAUCUCAACUAUGUAUUUAAUUAAUAACAUUAUCACCUCAAACUACAAUGAUCCAACAAAUUCAUUUUUUUCAUUCCAAAAUUUCAUUGGUGCGUCUUAUACCUUGGAUUUUAAUACUAUAUCUUCAUCAGGUAACAUCGUUCUCGGUCAAAACAAAUCUUUUAUUUCUAAUCAAAAUUCAAAUUCCACGAGCUCUUUCUCAGAACCUCCAAGUGAUUUCCAAAUAGGGUUUAACACUGAAAAUUCACACACUGAUAUAUUAUAUUCAAGCGUUUUAUCAACCAUUCCUUUUGUUGGAUCCAAUUCAAUCUUUACUUUCUCCUCCUCUGGUGAUUGUAUUAUCGCAAACACUGCAAAUUAUAACCAUUGUGGUACCUGUCAAAUUAUAGUUGAUUCUGAUAUAAAAUAUGAUAAUCUAUAA